AUGUCUGAGCUUGAAGAUCAAGCCAGUGUCUCUGACAUUGCCAAUGCCAAUGCCAAUGCCAAUGCCGAUACCGAUACCGAUACCGAUGCCAAUACCGAUCCAUAUGCCACUGCUGAUGAAGUCGGAUUGCCGCAACAAUCUGAUCAAUCUGAGAGCGGCUUGUCCCACCAAACUUCUUUGACCCAUCCCCAGGCCUCUGAAGGGCCUGCCGAACCUCCCCAUGAUGCCAACACAUUCUUUGAGAUUGUUGUUCCAAAAAUCAAGAAUCCCCAGGACUAUGAAUACCUGUCAGGUCAUUUUGAAGCACAUUGCAUUCUGGCAGUCGACAUGCAUGAGCCAAAGUUCAUUGUCCGACUGGGGAGUGGCGAACGUACAACUAUCACUGCCAGGCAGUUACUACGGUUGAAGAACGGCCCGCGGCUAUUCCGUGAGUUUGUCGAUGGCUCACAGAGCCCCGACCCUUUGGCAAUGAAUCUUGAUAACGACCCACAACUUGUUCACACCGGCGGUGAUGGACAAUCCGAAGAGGUUGAAGAUGUGGGCCGGCAAAUUGGCAUUGCAAGGUCUCGCCAGCGGCGGCUUGGUGUCUCGGGGGCCUCAUUCGCCCAAUUCUUUAACCCAAAGAGAACUCGCAAAGAACAGCCAGUCGUCUUGAAUGAGUCCAGUAGCGAGGAUUCAGACGAAGCCGAGUCAAGCUCUGAGUCAGAAGAAGACGUCCGUCCAACCUCACGCCGCCACCUUAACAGAGCCGCCCAAAAGAAGACCAAACGUUCUCGUGAAUCUUCGGAGGAAUCCUUUGUCUCGAAUAGAGGCACGCGGGUAUCCACUCGCCUGCAAAAGACCACCCGAUACAAUUUCAAAGAGCGACUAGAAGAUGACGAGAUGUCCGAGGUCGAGGUCGUAGCCCCGAAGAAGAAGUUCUCUGGAGCAAAGGAACAAUUCGUUGAGCUGCCAGAAGACGAUUCCUUCAGGGAGGCUCAUUCUAAUCAGUGUUUCUUCUGCGGGAAGUGGGAGGACGAAAGCUCCAAACAAGAAUCCUUGGUUUUUUGCCAAGGUUGUACUUCAUCUUAUCAUCGGGAUUGUCUUGGACCUCGAACUGCUCGCAAACAUUUGGUCACCAAGGUUGGGCCCGACGACUUCAUCCUCCAGUGUUCCAAUUGCUUGGGAAUCAAGCACCGAGACCACGACAUCCUGCCUCACUUGGGUCACUGUGCUAUCUGCAAAGAAGCAGGGCUCAUGUCAACACCCCUGCGAGAGUCAUACACCGCCCAAGAGGAACAGCAAUUGCGUGAAGAAAACGGUGGCAUAGAUCCGGUGACAGAAGUGGAAAGGUCUAGUGUGAACAAUGCCGACAAUGUUCUAAUCAGAUGUACCCGCUGCAAGCGCGCUUUCCACGUCGAACAUGUUCUGCCAACCCCCGAAGCAGAUCGCUCUGAUAUGCGCACUGAUUAUUGGCAUUGCUCUGAGUGCUUUGAGGCUCCGGCUGCGCCCUUGCCAAUUCAGGCCAUCGUUGCGUGGCGGUCGAAAAAUGCCGAUGUGAAGGUUGUGCCAAGGCUUGUCGAACUGGUACCAGAGAUCGAGAAAGAGUAUCUCGUCAAGUGGACUAACCAGUCUUAUUUCAACGUCGUUUGGAUGCCUGGAGACUGGGUAUGGUGCAUUGCCCGUUCUGCGAUGUUCUCAUCAUUCCUCAAAUCGUCCAAAUCGGACAAGCCAAUCUGGACGACCGAAGAGGCCGUUCCGGAGGAAAAUCUGUGUGUCGAUAUCAUAUUUGAUCUUGAGUACACUCGUGAACCAGAGUCCCUGGAGGAACGCGCCAACCCCGAGUUGGUCGAGCGUGCCUUCGUCAAGUUCAAAGGGCUGACCUAUGAGGAGACGGUGUGGGAACAUCCACCGAAACAAACCAACGCCGUUCAAUGGCAAGAUUUCAAGACUGCGCUUGCUGACAAGGUGUUCUCGGAAACGAUUCAGCCACUGAAAAACAAAGUUCUGCAAGAGCGACUGAAAGACGCUCGGAAGAAGAAUUUCGAAAACCACCUCAUCCUCAAAUCUCAGCCGGAGAUGGUGACUGGUGGCAAGCUGAUGGGAUACCAAAUGGAAGGUGUGAAUUGGAUGUACUAUCAGUACUUCCAACAGAGAAAUGCCGUCUUGGCAGAUGACAUGGGCCUUGGAAAGACCCUUCAGAUCAUCACUCUUCUGUCGGCCCUGAUCGAAAACUUCGAGUGUUUCCCAUUCCUCAUAGUCGUUCCUAACUCGACAGUCCCGAACUGGCGUCGAGAAAUCAAAAGCUGGGCGCCAAAGAUGCGUGUUGUCACGUAUUAUGGCAGUGCCUGGGCCCGACAGAUGGCUGAGAAGCAUGAGAUGUUCCACAAUGCAUGUCCGACGCCCUAG